AAUAUGCUGUAUAUAAAAAACAGCACAUUGAAAUCGAUUGGCUUUUGUUUACCGGUGAAUAUCUAUCUAUCCGACUGAUAAAAAUUGGUUCCCGAAAGAAAAGUUAUCCCUCGAUUUGAAUUGCUACCGUGGAUAAACGGCAAGAAAACUGGUUUGACAAGUAAGGUUAAAACAGGAAUUCCGGUAUAAAUCAACCUACCCGGUUUUUCCCUGUAUAUAGCAGAAAUCGAGAGAGCGGGGAACGACUGAAGGGGACGGAACAGGCGACUAGAUAUUGUUUACGGUUCGAUAGAGAUUCUUAAAAGUACUUUACUUUUUAAAAAGAGCCAGGGUCAUGUAUGAAAUAGAGGAGGUGCCGCUUGUAUGGAUAGAACUCAAAGAUGAAACUAGGCUCGCCGCAACGCUCUGGAUGCCUUCAGUAAGAGAGGAUGGAAGCGAACCAUCGAAGUUUCCAGCUUUGCUCGAGUUUUUGCCCUACAAUCGAAUGGGCUGGACAAAGAUACCAGAUAAUCUGCAAUAUCCCAAGCUAGCAUCGCAUGGCUUUGUGGGGGUGAGAGUAGACAUGCGCGGCUCUGGAGACUCUGAGGGGUUGUAUUUUGAUGAGUAUAAGCGUCAAGAGCAAAAAGACUGUUGUGAAGUAAUAGACUGGAUCAGUAAACAAGAAUGGAGCAAUGGAUCUGUUGGAAUGUUAGGCAUGAGUUGGGGAGGAUUCAAUGCUUUGCAGGUUGCUGCACUCCAACCCCCUGCCUUAAAAGCCAUAGUCUCAGUCUACUCCAGUGAUGAUCGAUAUGCUGAUGAUAUUCACUAUAUUGGAGGAUGUGUCAUGGGCAUUGGUGGACUGGCCUGGGCUUCUAAAAUGGCCCUCUGGAAUGCUAGACCCCCAGAUCCACUCUCUGUUGGAAAAAGGUGGGUAGAAAUGUGGAAGCAUCGUCUUCACCACUCAAGCUACCCAUGGAUGAACACCUGGCUUUCGCACCAGACUCGUGACGACUACUGGAAGCAUGCAUCCAUCUGUGAAGACUUCUCCCAGAUCAGUUGUCCAGUUCUUUUGAUUGGGGGAUGGGCUGAUCUGUACACUAACUGCGUGUUCCGCAUGGCUGAAAGCUUAACCUGUCCCUUGAAGGCUAUCGUUGGCCCUUGGAGCCACUGCUGGCCUGCUAAUGGUGUAACACCUGGUCCUGCCAUUGACCAUGUCGAGGUUAUGCGUCAGUGGUUUGGUUGUCAUCUCAAAGGAGAGACCAAUGGUGCUAUGGAACAGCCUAAUCUUAGGAUAUAUAUGAAGCAAGGAGUGAAAAUGCCCCAGAAUCUUUCUGACAUGAAAGACUGGCCCGGUGAAUGGAUCUGUGAAGAGCAGUGGCCUUCCACAAACAUUGUCAGUCAUCUCUUCUCCUUAUGUCAAAAAUCAGAGAAACUUGUACGGAUAACUAGUACACAAGAAUCACGGGAUACCACCCAAAAGACCCGCAGCAUUCAAAGUGAUCCUGUGUGUGGAAUUAAUGGUGGCUAUAACAUGGCUGGAAAUGCUUCAGACUUGCCAACUGACCAAUCACAUGACGACAGACUCUCCCUCUGUUGGGAUUCCUAUGCACUUAAACAUGAUGUCUCUGUGCUUGGUUUCCCGGAGGUGGAGUUAGAGUUGAGUAGUGAUCAACCCCAAGCGCAGAUUGCUGUUCGCUUGUGUGAUGUCUUUCCUGAUGGAAGUUCAACGCUCAUUUCAAGAGGUAUUCUCAAUCUGACUCACCGAGAAGGUCAUGGACCCGAAUCCGUCAAGGCCCUAGAACCUGGAAAACAGUACACCAUCAAAAUCCAGCUGGACGCAACUGGUCACGUGGUACAACAAGGCAACACCUUGCGCCUGGCAGUAUCCCCCUCAUACUUCCCCGUGGUUUGGCCCUCUCCGACCCCGACCACCCUCAACAUACAUUAUGGGGUUCUGCGUCUCCCGGUUCGAGAAGCCAGCCCCGAAGUAAGGAAUGUGGAUCAGAGUCUGCCCCCUUUUCCUUUGUGUGAUGAUGAUGUGGACCUAGGGGUGACUGUGGUCUUACCUGGACUCUACGAAAGCACUAUACAGUUCGACGAGGAGAGUAAGUUACCCAAGCUGACAGUGAUUGACAACUCCGACCAAGUUUACUUCCACGACACUGGUACGAUACGAGAGGGGACUAGUACUGAGAUUCAUUCCAUGAGCCGUACACCAUCUACUCAAAAUCCAGAGCCCGUGAUCACCAUCUCAAAGCAGCUGAUGUUGAGAAAAUUGAAAACCCCAGAUAGCAAGAUAUAUCAAGCGCUGCUCUAUAAUGGAGAGGAUGUCCCUGGGGCUGACAGUGCCAAUACGAUAACCGAGGAAGAAUUCUUUGAGUGGAACAUACGCCUGACCCACGAGAGCAAAAUGUGGAGCGAUGAGAAAGAGUUCCAUUUGAGCAACACGCUGGAGUGCUACCAAUGUAACAAGCGUGUAUUUAACCAAACAUGGUUGGAAAGCAUAGAAAGAGAUCAUGUGUGAAAUAGGUAAAACAUGUGUAUUACUACACCUCAUUGUAUGAAGUUCUGGAUUUUCAAAAUUUUGCGAGAUAAAAAUUACACAAAAAUA